AUGCGAUUAAAAAGUCAACUGUCAGACAAAAUGGACGUCAACCAGGCAAAACAAGAACAUCUACUUGCGCUGAAGGUGAUGCGACUAACGAAACCCACACUUUUCACUAAUAUGCCAGUGACCUGUGAAGACAGAGACCUUCCAGGUGAUUUGUUUGGUCGGCUCAUGAGGGAGGACCCGUCUACAAUAAAAGGAGCAGAGACCCUGAUGCUUGGGGAGAUGCUUACACUUCCACAGAACUUUGGGAAUAUUUUCCUGGGAGAGACCUUCUCAAGUUACAUCAGUGUUCACAAUGACAGCAAUCAAGUGGUGAAAGAUAUUCUAGUAAAGGCGGACCUCCAGACCAGCUCACAGAGGUUAAACCUGUCUGCGUCAAACUCGGCCGUGGCAGAGCUCAAACCAGAGUGCUGCAUCGACGAUGUCAUUCAUCAUGAGGUCAAAGAGAUCGGAACACACAUUUUGGUUUGUGCUGUCAGCUACACCACUCAGACUGGGGACAAACUCUACUUCAGAAAGUUUUUCAAAUUUCAGGUUCUCAAGCCUCUAGAUGUCAAGACCAAAUUCUACAAUGCAGAGAGUGACCUCAGUUCUGUGACAGAUGAAGUUUUCUUGGAGGCACAAAUCCAGAACAUCACCACUUCACCUAUGUUUAUGGAAAAAGUGUCACUCGAACCAUCCAUGAUGUACAACGUGACCGAACUCAACUCCAUCACCUCAGAGGAAAAUUGUGAGUCUACCUUUGGAAAGAUGUCCUAUCUGCAGCCUAUGGACACACGGCAAUACCUAUACUGCCUGAAGCCCAAGCCAGAGUUUGCAGAGAAAGCUGGGGUCAUUAAAGGUGUUACUGUAAUAGGCAAGCUGGAUAUUGUGUGGAAGACCAAUCUUGGGGAGAGAGGACGGCUUCAGACCAGCCAGCUGCAGAGAAUGGCUCCUGGUUAUGGAGAUGUCCGGCUCUCUCUUGAGCUUGUUCCAGAAACGGUGAACAUUGAGGAGCCUUUCGACAUCACCUGUAAAAUAACAAACUGCAGUGAACGCACAAUGGACUUGUUGUUGGAGAUGUGCAAUACCAGGUCAGUGCACUGGUGUGGUGUUUCAGGAAGACAGUUGGGAAAACUCGGCCCCAGUGCAUCACUCUCCAUCCCCCUGAAGCUGCUUUCCUCUGUGCAGGGCUUACAGAGCAUUUCUGGAUUGAGGCUCACUGACACCUUUCUGAAACGAACCUAUGAGUACGAUGAUAUUGCACAAGUGUGUGUGGUGUCUCCUUACCUGAGCCCAGAGAUCUGAGGCUUCUCUCUGAUCCUGCACUAUGAAACUUUAUAUUGAAGGACCAACCUCAUUACCACUUUUUACACCAUGAGCUGAUCAUGUUUUAGAAUGUUAUUUUAAAGCCCUUAACGUGAUUUUAAGUGUCUUUACAUGUCAAUAAAAGCUCAUUUAAA